AAGCGCUGGUCAUGAAGAAUAGAGUCUCUAUGCUUCAUGGCGCUGACAAUCCCCCCUAUAAUCUCUGUUGCAGGCCUUAAAAGAAAGAUAAAUAGCUGGUUUUAACAUAUAAUAAAAUAUAAAUAAUCAAUAUAAUGAAUAGAAAGAUUAUCGAUAAAAUCGACAUUAACUUGAUAUUUGGGAGUUUGUGGAAUUUCUAAUAGUAAAAAUGCCAAUUUUGCAGAGAGUUGUGAAACCAACGACACACAGAGGAAAGAAAAUCCUCAUCAAGAGAGAACCGAAGUUGAUUGAAGACCCCAAAGAUGCAUUAUUCAUCAAAGGCAGUACUGCCUCGAAAUAUGCCAAUGACGCCAUGAAGGAUCUUUACAAUUUAAAAAAGCCAUUGGGUGCAUGCUUACAACAGAAGAGUCAGAUCCUCCCCUUUGAAGAUGUUACACCCAUCGAAAAGUUCUGCAAGAAGAGUAACGCACCUUUAUUUAUGUUCGUCUCGAACAAUAAAAAACGACCUCAUAAUCUCGUCAUGGGAAGGACCUUUGAGCACACAUUGUUGGAUAUGAUAGAAUUCGGCAUUGAUAAUUAUAUAUCGUUGAAAGAUUUCAAAGUCGAGAAAAUCACCGCGGCACUAAAGCCUCUACUAGUUUUCAAUGGGGAAUUGUUCGAGAAUAAUCACGAGUUUAUGAGAAUCAAGAAUCUACUAGUAGAUAUGUUCCAGAGAGAGCCUGUGGAUAAUAUCAGGCUCCAGGGAUUGGAACAUGUACUCAGCUUCACAGCUGUGGAUAACAAAAUUUGUCUGAGGAGUUACAAAGUACAAUUGAAGAAAUCAGGCACAAGAAUUCCCAGGGUAGAGCUUUCCGAAAUUGGCCCCCGGAUGGACCUAACAAUCAGGAGAGCCAAAUUCGCCUCAGACGACCUCUUCAAACAAGCGUGUAAAAAACCCAAAGCCCUCAAGAUUAAGAAGAAGAAAAAUAUUUCCGUGGACAAUCUUGGCUCAACCCUAGGAAGGAUCCACUUGGGAGUACAGGACAUUAACAGCAUUCAAACACGAAAGAUGAAGGGUUUGAAGAAGACUCUAGCAGAAAGGAAAGAAGAACGAAAGCGAAAAGUCUCUCUGGCUAAAGGAGAAUCCACCAAGAAAGCAAAACUUUCUGAAAAUAUUGAGAUGAACACUGAGGACUAAUCUUUGUAAUGUAAAUACGCAUAAAAUGAUUAAUUACGUAAAA